UGCUGGCAUGACAUUCGGCAAGUCGGCCCCGUUUUAUGACAACAAUACGACCGCUCGCCACCGGGAAGGAAUUCCUGGGAAUUUCCUAGAUUUGCUUGAAAAAUGUUGAGUGUCUUGCUAAGGAACGUGAUCAGCAGACCUUCGCUGACGCUCAAGUCUGCGCUGAGUGCAAAAUACUCGAGAUCCUAUGGCACCGUGAAGAGAUUCUACAGAAACACCAGCAUCUCCUCCAGCGAUGGCAAGUUCGAGGUGACACUGGACCAGAGGAAGCUGAAAACGCCCAGCGGGAAGGUGUUCCAGGUGGAGAGCGAGCCCCUGGCUAUAGCGGUGGCUGCAGAGUGGGAUUCGCAGAGGGAGACAAUCGACAGGUCGAACAUGCAUCUCACGUCGCUCUGCAACACCGUCCUGGACAAUCCCAACAGGCUGACGAAGCUGGACAUGGUGAACUACAUUGUGAACUACCUGCCCACGGACACGGUGCUCUUCCAGUCCGGCGAGGAGGACGAUUUGGCGGUCACGCAGGCGAAGGAAUGGGAUCCGGUGAUUGCGUGGUUCAACGAGCGAUUCGAGGCGGAUCUGCUGAAGAGCAGAGACAUAAACACGCCCACAGUCUCGGCGCAGACGAGGAUGAGCGUGAGCAAGUACUUGAUGUCGCACAGCGAGGCUGCUCUGCACGGCAUCACUUUCGCCGUGGACAGCCUAAAGUCGGUGCUCCUCGCGUUCGCCGUGAUGGACAGAUUCCUGACCACAGAGCGAGCCGUGCUGCUGUCGCGCCUCGAGGAGGAGUUCCAGCUGGGCUUCUGGGGCAGAGUUGAGUGGGCGCACGACUCGAGUCAGCAGGAAUUGCAAGCCAGAGUGGCUGCAGCUGUGCUCUUCGUCUUCUUCCACUCCUCAGGGAGUCUGGUGAAGCAGAAACUCACAGUGUAG